CCUCCUCUCAGCAGAUUCUAGCUCAAACCGCUCUUCAAGCCUCUUUGCUCCACCUGCAUCAAUGGUGACCAAGGGAGGCAUCGCAAGGAGAGUAAACCAGGUUGCCAAGCGGCCCACCCUGUACAUGUCCUUUCCUAGUCGGAGCCGGCGUGGAGAUGUAGAGUAAGUACUUUCCCAGCCUGAAGAACAGCACCGAGCUCGUUACCUCACAGAGGGCAGCCGUGGAGCUGUAAAAGAUCGCACAGGCAUGGUUCCCGACUGUCAAGGCAAGUCUGCUGCCUCUCUGACUGGACUGCAGGAACAAGUGAAGUUACAAGUGUUCAUUGGCACAGACCAAGGCAAAGUGCAGCCUCAUAUGUUUUAUCAGGCCAGCAGGGUUGGAAAGAACUCUACGCCAUGCCAAGAACGUCGCCUUGAUGGUACAACAGUGCUGGAAAUCGACAUGUUGCCUUCGAAAGACAUGACAGUCAGCUGCGAUUGCGUUGGAAUCUUGAAGGAACGCAAUGUUGAUGUCGAGAAGCGCUUGGUUCGUUAUGGUGGGACACGCAACAAAAAACGUAGUACAAAGUGUCGCCUGGUGUUCCGUGUUGUGCUGCCUGCUCAGCGAGGACAGGACACCGGGGGCUUACCUUCUGAGAUUCUGCAAGUUGCUUCAGCUCCCAUUUUGUGCACUCAGCCUCCUGGUAUCCCAGAAAUAUCGAAGAAGUCAUUGUCUGAGUGCUCGGUCAAGGGAGAAAUAGAGUUGUUCAUCAUUGGAAAAAAUUUUCUUAAAGAUACAAAAGUGUUAUUCAAGGAGCCUGUUUCUGAUUGUGAGCCAAGCUAUGUAUGGGAAAAAUGUGUUGUUCCGGAAAAGGAAUAUUUGCAACCGACUCAUCUGAUUUGUCGUGUGCCAGCCUACAGAAACCAGGAUGUAGGGCACCCUGUGGUGGUGCAUUUGGUGGUGACCAGGGGAAGGGCCAGUGAGCCCCACCCAUUCGCCUUUCUGCCCCUGUCAGGUAGGUCUUGGACCUCCAUUUUCAUGGGAAUUGACGAGGCACGACCAAAUCCAGCAAUGAGAUUGAAUCGCCACAUAGGUCUCUGCUGUGUUGUACACUGUUGGUUUGGACAUCCCUGUGUGCAGUGA